CCACGAGCGGUUGGCGCGGAAAUUGUGCUUCGCUCACCAUUUUGCUGACGCCAACGUGUGCCGCGACUGUGCGCUCUGAACCGUUGCCCGAAUCGGCGCCGAUAUAGGGAUACCGUUUGGUUUUGGACAGUGAACAGCUUUUGAAAGCUUUCUGCGCCAGUAACGACCGGAACCAGAUCGUGCAACGCAGUAAUAAGCUGCAGCAUAACGCGAAGCCAUAGAGGCGAGUUCCGGAAGCGGGUGCACCCAUAAACUAUUUAUUGACUAUGCUCAGAGAAGUGCUAGAAACUGGAUGGUGGUGAACGUGUGAAUUAAGAAAACAAAACAGUGACACAAACAUAAGUGAUUACAAGUGAACACCACUAAAGGACUGUUGGACUCAAAGUUUAGCAGAGGGAUUUGUUAAUCGAAGCUUCCAACUCUCGAAACAAUAAGAAAGCGUAAAAUGCUCCCCAUCAUCACAGACUUCGGAAAGUUCUACAAUCGGCUCAGCAUACUCGUCACCGUAUUCAUUACCGUGAAUCUUGCCCGGAUACGAGCGGAAAACUGUGGCCAGGAAGAGCUGGCCAAGUGUGCCCGUCCGUUUCAGGUGAUACAAUCGUCCACGGAUCUGUCCAUCGCGACCAAAAAGGAGGACCUCGAUAAAAUAUGCCCUGAUCUAAACAACGGGCUGCAGUGCAUCCGUAGUUACACGCGCCGUUGCAUGACUCUCGAGCAGCGUAAUCGCUUCAACAAGCUGUACAACGGCACGCACCAGUUCGUGCGUGACCUUUGCCGGGAGGGCGAGUAUCAGAGCGAAUUCCUGUCACACGCACCCUGUCUGCAGCUGGUCAGGCCCGACUACGAGGUGUGUGGCCGCCGGUACCACCACACGGUCACUGCCAUCACGCAGCAAUCGCAACAGCAGUCGGCGGAGCACUAUCAGCACCAUCACGAUCACGAGCACCACGAGUCCAGUGGACACCAUCACGAGCGGCGUCACCGGAGAAAUCAUCGGACCGCCAGCCGGACGGACGAGGACGACGUGCGGACCGUAUGCUGUUCGUUCAUGGAGUACCUCGAUUGCUCGGAGGCCGCGGCACGGAACACCUGCGGCCGGGAUACGGCCCAGUUCACGCGGGGCUUCCUGGACAAAAUGUCCUCCACGUUAAUAAAGAUGUACUGCGAGGACUACUACAAGUCGAACAAAUGUCCUUCGGUCUACACGUCAUCGGCCAGCAGCCACCUGGCCGGCGUAGCGUUACUGUUCGUCCCCACGCUUCUCAGCACCAUCAGCAGCUGGGCGGCCUCCUGGUGGACGUUACGAUCCGACGGAUUGCUGAGGUUACGAUAAUUCGUUGCACUCCUGGCACCAGUGCACCGGUCAGUGCAGUCCUACAGUAUCGCCUAAGGCCGGUAGUCUCCGCAGCGCGUACGGCCGCGUUUCUAGAUUAGAGAUCAUGCAAUUCGCGAGACCUCCUAAGCUUCCAGUGGCUUGAGUGGCCAAAGUGCAGUGCGCCGGGGGAGGGCGUCAGUCAGUGGCGAAUGACAAAUUAACUUUAAGUUUCUAACCGUCAACCCUUCUCACGGCCCCGAUUGGACCGGCCGGCGGUUGGCGCAAACUGAACUCACCUCCCUCGCCGCUCGCCGUCGUCGUCGAAUGGCGACAAAUAGAAUUCCAUCAACUCGAUCAUCAACGCAUCAUUCGGUCGCGAUCUUGGCUGUGCUACGAUCGCUACCGCCAAACGUACUGCAAAGCUACUGGCCAAGGGGCCCAAUUAGGGUUAAUUUAUUUAUUGGAAACUCUUCCGAUAGGGAUCGUGUAAGUUGAAGAGGCAGACCGGGUAGGGCAGCGCAGGGUGCCAACGACGGUUGACUUUGAAGCUUGCAUAGCAAAUGUUAUACGUUAAUCGUCCUGCCGCCGAACUUGACUCAUAUUCUGUUUUCGCCUCCAAAUGCCGAUAAAGUGUAGAUAUUAGCUCUAACAUAGUUACUCUACGAAUCCAGACAGAAGGCUGCUGACAAAACCGGAUGAGAACAGGCUAAUCAACUAGGAAGGAUAUAGAAAAGACCUGAGACAGGCCUACAGAAAAUAAUAAUCCACAAUACGGCAAGAUAAUACGGCGUUAGACAACAACAAUCGAUAGGUAAAGUUAAGGACAAAUGCCGUGAAUUAGUGAAUAUAGAAAAACUCAAUAAAACAUUA